GAUGUCGCGAGUGUGCAGACAGCUUAUUUCGUUUUCAAAAAACCAGCUUGCCGCAGGAUUUUCAACAUGUCAGCGGAUGCAUCAGAUAUAUAAUGAGCCUCUUUCAGGUUACGAAAUGCCAAGAGCAGGAGAAAUUGCCUCGAUGAUGAGAUUACCAGUUCAAAACAAUACAGAACUUCAGAAGGAAGGUCAUGAGCAGCAGAUAAAGACUUUUGAUUUUGAGGUCAGUCGGCCAAAGGUCGAUGUCAUGGUGGCCUUGAGAUAACCUUCACCUGAAAAUCGUUUCGGAUCAAUAUAUGAAGAACACUAUGGCCAAAGGACUUCAAACUUCGUAGACAGGUUGGUCAAAACCAGCAGAUGAACCCUAUUACUUUGGAGGUCAGCGGGACGAAGUUCAAGGUUGUUGUAAACGUAAGCUGAAAAUACGCAGUUUCCUAUAAAAAUUGAAAACACUUAGGCCUAGAGUACUCGAACUUGAUAAAGGUCUCUAAAACAGCACCCUAACGUUUGACAUCAGUUAGUCAAUAGUCAAGGUUGUGGUGACAUUGCGCUGAAAGUCCAAAUCAUUCAAUAAAUGAACAAUGCUUAAGUACCUCAAACUUGAGGGCAUUUUAGCUGAAAUGUUGUGCUAAAGAUCAUCUCUAGCUUUUUUGACAAAUUCACAAUCAAAUAAGGGGUGAAAAAAUGAAAUUUUAGUAUCAGGAUGUUCAUUAACUUAAGACGAACAGGAUGAUGGAUUUAAUUUUGGAAUUACUAAAAUACUUUUGAAGAAAAUAGGAAUGAAAAGAUUUUUCUUUGUUGUCUGGAUUUAACCUGGAUAUUGAAUAUUGGAUAUUAUCUAUUUAUUGGAUUAAAUUCUGACACUGUUGACACUUACCCUAAAAUAUAUAAAUCAUGAGUUCAAAAGAACAAAGGGACAAAAAGACCAAUUCAAAAUAUCAGCCCCCGGGCAAAAUAUCAGCAAAAGGUGAUGAAAAACCAACUGCCAAACGGACAAAUUCUCAAGUCAGCAAUGAUAGCAUGGACAAUGGGGCAAUACAGAGACAGUUAGAUGGUGAAUGAAAACCUAUUAGAACUUAGGGGUGAUCUCAAACAUAUGCUUAAAAAAGAUGAGGUAGAAAACUUAAUCACCAGUACUAUAUCAAACAUUUUAAAAGAAUUGGAACAAAAGACUGAAGAUAGGAUCAUGAGGAUGAAGAAGGAUAUUGAAGAGGAUAUGAAGGCAAAGAUUGAUACAGACAUUGAGAAACUGGUUAAUUUAAAAACCAAGGGCCUGGAGGACAAAAUUAAUAGUUUGGAAUUUGACAAUAAUGCUCUUAAGGAAAAGCUGGACAGCUCUAAGAGCUAUUACACUCAAGAAAUUGACAGGCUAAAAGACAAGGCAAAUGAAAACGGACGUAUCAGUCGGGAAGCCAGUAAGAAAGCAAAUUAUAAUGAACAGUAUUCAAGAAAAAAUAAUAUCAAAAUCAUGGACAUUAAAGAAGAUGGUAAUGAGACGGAAGCAUUAUUGUCAACGAAGGUGAUUGACAUUCUCGGGGACCAGGGUAUCAAACUUGAGAGCCAUCAGUUUGUUGCUAUCCACCGAAUUCCGGGCGGACGUGGGCAUGCCAAACCUGUUUUGAUGAAGCUCCGUAACAACAAUGACACGGCCAUGGUGAUGAGGAAGAGACGGGAAAUGAAGACUGCGGGUCAUCGCCUCGUUGACGACGUGACCAAGAUGAACACGGGUCUGAUUAGCAGACUAACCCUCCAUCCAGCCAUUGACAGUGCCUGGUAUUUUAAUGGUGCAGUUUACGGACUUACUGGCAGGAAGGAAAGAAUAAAGUUUGAUGUGUAUGACAAUAUUGAUGCUGUUAUGAGAGCUCGCCGAGAACGGAAAACAGUGACAUCAUAAACUAU